CCGGUGGAUCUCGUGUUCCUCCCUCUUCUCCUUUGGCUCGAGAGAGAUGAUGACGAUGAAGCUGAUGACUCUUCGAGAUAUUCAAAUCGUUCGUCUCUGAAGAGAAAGUCCAGAUCAAUAAGGUAAUAAAGGAUAUGGCGCAGGAGCAGGAAGGAGCGGUGGCUGAGACACGUGAUCAGAAUGAUUCCCCCGUUGCCGCCGCAACCUCCGAUGAUAGCGUGAAGAAGAAGAAACAAAAUGGAUUCUUCUCGCGUAUUUGGAACGCGAUGUUUAGAGACAAAGGAGACGAUUUGGAGAAGAGGCUUGAGUACAUCUCAAAGGAGGAAGCAAAUGUUGUAUCCAGGAUCAAGCGAAGGUCGAUCACAUGGAGGAAACUCACUAGAAACCUCGUCCUUUCCUCCCUCAUCUUUGAGAUAGUUGCAGUGGGUUAUGCGAUCAUGACAACCAGAACUAAGGGCUUGGAUUGGAAGAUGAGGAGUUUCCGGAUCUUGCCAAUGUUUCUAUUACCUGCUCUCUCUACUCUUGCUUAUUCCUACAUCGUCAGCUUCUCAAAGAUGUUUGAUCGCAGAGAUCAAAGGACCUUGGAAAAGCUUCGAGCAGAGAGGUUGGAUAAAAUCAAUGAGCUUAAAGAAAGGACCAAUUUUUACAUCACCCAACAACUUAUUGAGAGAUAUGACCCCGAUCCCGCUGCAAAAGCAGCUGCUGCAACUGUCCUGGCAUCCAAAUUAGGUGCUGACUCAGGCUUAAAAGUGGUGUUAGGAGAUGAAUCCCAAGUCGAUCCGGCUUGGGGAAAGAGUAACGACAUGGAGGUCAACCAAUCACGAGGGCUGAGGAAUCGAAGACAUCCGAAUACUAGACCCCACAGUUCUGCAAGCACUUCAACACAUCAUUCUGAUGAUGAGUCUCGCCAUUCUGGGGCAAGCGAGAGAUUACUCGGCACGUCAGAGCAAAACCAGCAGAUGGAUCUCACGCAUUACAGUCCUCAGGGAUAUGCGGCUCCCGAUGGCAGUUGGAUCUCACGCAUCGCGGCUCUCCUUGUAGGCGAAGACCCUACACAGUCAUUUGCAAUCAUUUGUGAAAACUGUCAUAUGCACAACGGGCUUGCUAGGAAAGAGGACUUCGCAUACAUUACGUAUUAUUGCCCUCACUGUAACGGGCUGAACAAACCGAAGCAUUCAGAGGAUAAUCCACUUCUUCAUCCUGUUCCCGCUCUACUGGUCACAGACCCUCCUUCAUUGAUUGAAACCAGUGAAGUGGUUAACAGCAGCAGCUCGUCUAGUGAACGUGGAAACAGCCCCAUUCCAGAAAUAGAGGAAGCUGCGACUACUGAGACCGGAACACCCAGCUGAGUAAUCCAGUAAGCUGAAAGAAGACUUUUGUGUGCUUGUGUUACAGAGAGAGGGAGAGAUUAUGUGGGUGUGUAUGUGCAUGUGAGUACUCGUUCAGGUAAUUUUUUUUUGCUAUGAAUUGUUAAUAAGGUGCUUACAGUUUUGGGUCUGGUGUGUUUUUAUACAAGAAUACAACAUGGUUUUGGUGGGUAAAUAUUACGAUUCCAAUGUGGUAAACGAUGAUUGUUAAUACGUUGUUGGGGUUUAAUUCUUUUUAAUUUGAUUUACAUUUGUCAAUGUAUCCACUCUUAAAAUUUGGAUCAUAUUUGUAAUAAAUACCAUGAGUUAAUACGUUUCUUCAUUUUGUA